AUGGAGCUGCGUGUCUCUGCCUGCGUCCUGCUGGUACUCUGUGUGGCAUGGAGUGCAAACGGAGGGAACAUUUUGGUGUGGUACACUGAAGGCAGCCACUGGAUAAACAUGAAGCCUGUUCUGGAGACGCUGGUCGACAGGGGACACCAGGUGACUGUACUGGCCCCGAGCACGUCAUUGUACAUGAACACCAAUGAACCCUCCCGCUUUCACUAUGAGCCCUUCAACGUUUCUCUCUCAAUGGAGGCCAUGGAAGAGUUUCUAGAAGAGUUCUUCCAAUUCGCCAUGUAUGAGAUGGAUCACAUGAACUAUUUGCAGUACUUCAUCAAAGUCGUUGAGAUACUGAAAACUGAUUUGAAGUUUUCUAUACAGUAUUUGGACGGUGUGGUGAAAUCAGACGUCAUCAUGAAGAAGCUGAAAGAGGGAAAUUACGACCUCCUCUUGGCUGACCCCAUCUACCCCGGCAGUGACUUGGUAGCAGAUAUUUUGGGCAUCCCGCUCGUCUUCUCCUUGCGCUUCUCCUUAGCUCAUAACUGGGAGAGGCAUUGUGGUCAGAUGCCUGCUCCACCAUCCUUUGUGCCCGGUGCUAUGAGCAAACUCACAGAUAAGAUGGACAUCUCAGAAAGGGUGUGGAACACUCUCUUCUACGCUCUGCAAGACAUCGUGAUUGAUCAUGUUUUUUGGAAAGUAGUAGAUCGAUAUUACUCUGAAGUCAAAGGAGCUCCCAGCAGUGCCUGUGAGAUGAUGGGUAAAGCAGACAUCUGGUUAAUCCGAACCUACUGGGAUUAUGAAUUCCCCCGUCCUUUCCUCCCCAACUUCAAAUUUGUUGGUGGGCUCCACUGCAGACCUGCUAAACCUUUACCAGAGGAUAUGGAUGAAUUUGUGCAGAGUUCUGGAGAUGAUGGCAUUGUGGUCUUCACUUUGGGAUCCAUGAUCAACAACAUCACCAAGGAGAAGGCCAACAUGAUAGCCUCAGCCCUCGCUCAGAUCCCACAAAAGGUGCUGUGGAGAUACAGAGGAGAAAAGCCAGAAACAUUGGGGGCCAACACUAGAAUAUAUGACUGGAUCCCUCAGAAUGACCUCCUGGGUCACCCUAAGACUAGAGCUUUCAUCACUCAUGGGGGAACAAAUGGGAUUUAUGAAGCCAUCUACCACGGCGUUCCCAUGGUGGGCAUCCCCAUGUUUGCUGACCAGCCAGACAACAUGAUCCAUAUGAAGGCUAAAGGAGCUGCAGUUAUUCUCAACUUGAACUUCAUGACAACUGAGGAUCUUAGAGACGCGAUCACCACCGUCAUCAGUGACAAAUCGUACAAAGAAAAUGCUAUGCGGCUGUCCAGCAUCCAUCACGACAGACCCAUGAGUGCUCUGGAUGAGGCGGUUUUCUGGAUUGAGUUCACCGUCAGAAACAAAGGGGCCAAGCACUUGAGGGUCCAGGCCCACGAGCUCACCUGGUACCAGUAUCACAGCCUCGAUGUCCUGGGCUUCCUCCUCACCUUAGCUCUACUCCUCAUAUUCACCUUCACCAAGACCUGCAGUUUCUGCUGGCACAGGUGCUGUGGCAGGAAAGGAAAGUCAAAAAGGAAGGCUGAAUAACAGACCGAACUGAAACAGGUGCUUUGAGGUCUGGACUGCAAUGUAAAGCGGGAGGUUAUGAUCAUUACACCGUCCGUCUGCUCGUCUAUCCGUGAGGUUUGAUCUUUCCGGUCUGUAGACUCCAAACCACCAGGAGCAGAGCCAUGAAAUCUGACAUGUGUUCUUUACUCUUCAAAGAUGUGCAACACGAUAAUUGCUGUAUCAGCAUGAAGGAUUUAAUGCUGCUAAUGGUGUGAUAAUAUACGCUAAUUAUACGAAGCCUCUUUCUCAUGCCUGAUUGGCUUAGCCUACUCAUGUGAUGAUUUUGUGCUGUGUGAUUAGCUAUACCUACUUGACCAUUAUUGAUUGGAAUGAAGAAAGUGGAGAUUCCCCAUAUCUAGCAGCUGACCUCAGUCACUGAACAGUUGGCAGAGAGUGAGAAACUGGGGAAUCCAGUCUGUUUAAAGUAACAUCAGUUUUAGCCUGCAGCCUUAUUGAUUAACCUGUGAUGCCAACUUCUGAUUGGCUGAGCAUUGUCUAACAUGUUGGUCAUGAAUGACUCAUGGUCAUAAAUAGUACAGACUAUGACUCUUCAUUGAGCAAAAUUAAAGCCAUACCUACUCUUCCAAUAUAUUCAGCUUUUGGCUUUGUGGGGGGGGCCCAGACAAUGGGGGAAAGACCACCCACGUAUUCACCACUAUCCUAUGGAGCAGCUGCAGUAAACAGGAAGAUAUCUGAAUCUUUUCUUAGUGGUCACAUCCUGGAUUUUCACUUUAAAUCCUGCAGAAGGGCUGUAGUGAAUUAAAACUAAACUAAAAUUCUGCUACUUAUAAAAUUCUGUUUAUAAAUAAACUUAUCACAAAAAGUAAGGAAAUUUGUGUUUGGUUGAUUGUUUCAUAGUUGAAAUGAUGCUUGGCAAUAAAUCUUAUCCUGCCGAAUUUGUGGAUUGAGUUUGUGUGUUGAUCCCAUGGAAAAACCUGAAGAGAGAUAAAGGGAGUAUUUUCCUCCUUGCAGUCACCACGUGCUGCUCAUCUGUCUGAUUACUGGGUUUCUCUCAGUGUCCAUACCUGUUGUGAAUUUAAAGAAUGUGAAAUAAUUGCAAU